GAUCACCCUCACAUCUGAAAAUAAAAAUAAAGAUUAUAAAACACAGGGAGGAAGAGUCCACCACUGUGCACAAAGCCCCUGAGUCAAGCCCCUGCUCCCCCUUGCAGAGAGGAAGGGCUGCAGGCGUCUCUUUCUUCCUGUCUCCCCAUUCUAUCUCUGUCUCUGUCAACAAGAAGGGCCACCAAGAAUGGAUUCACCAUGCAGUCAUCAAAUCCCAAUGAUAACCCAGCUGGCAAUAUAAGUACAUGAGUCAUCUGGGCAGGGAGACAGCAUAAUAGCUAUUAAAAAGACUUCAUGCCUGAGGCUCCUAAGUCCCAGGUUUGAGUCCCUGGAUCACCCUAAGCCAGAGCUGAGCAGUGUCCCGGUGUGUGUGUCUUUUUUUUUUAAAUUCACUUAUUACUGGGUAGGCAGAAACUGAAAAGGAGAUAGGGAAAGAGCGACACCGCAGCCCUGCAUCACCACUUGUCCCUCUGCAGGUGGGGACCAGGGGCUCGAACCAGGUUCUUGCACGCUGUACUGUAUGCGCUUAACCAGGUGCGCCACCACCUGGGCCCUGUGCAUGUGUUGUCCUGUCUCUCACUAAAACACGUGUUAAAAACGCUUCACGAGAGGCCUGAAGCUGGCAGGAUGGGAGGGCGGAGCUCCUGGGAGGUGAAGGACGAGCUGAGGGGCAUCAGCCCAGGGGGGUGGAGGCGGGGUAGGGAGAAGGCAGCACCACAGUGGUGGCAUUGGCCUGUGCUCAACCACUGCACCGUCUCUGGCCUCUGGGAAACAUGCCCAGCUCUGGCUCAGGGUGGUGCUGGGUAUUGAACCUGACACCUCCUGGCCGUGGGAACCCCUGUAGUGCUGCUACUUGAGAAUUCAAGUUCAAGCUGCGAUGUCUGAGGAACUCGACACUUCGAUGUGUGACUGUCCCCCGACCAGACCAGAACCGAACCCGGGAUAGCAGCAGGGCGCUUCAGGCCCAGGGCCUGUGACUGACCUCUGAGGGACAGCAGGCGGGGCGCACGGGUACAGGGAGGGGACCCCCAGCCACUGGGGAAGUGGCUCACCUGCGCAGGCUCAUGGUAGGGCCCCGGGCUGAGGAAGGGGAGGACAGCCUGCCCCCAAACACCACUGACCCACAGCUCAACCCCAGCACUGGACCUGGUGGUCACCCGCGAGAUGGCCGCACAGAGGCACCAGGGACCAGGGAGGCAGGGCUAGGGGGCCGGGGCUUUCUGUGGGGCAGGGGGUUCACGGCUGCCUAACCCUGGCCGCAGGCCCCAGCCCUCUAGAAGCUGCCCCGGGCUGCCUGCCGGCUGCUGAGUCAGCACUUUGCUGUGUACACCCGCUGACCGCGCCGGCCAGUGGACUUUCUCCCGGCCGGUCGAUGGUUUCUCAGAAGAGAAGCUGAAGAAGCACCUGGAAACCAGUCAAGGCUCAUGGGGGGUGGGGGACCAGCCCUGGGGGCCCACCCGUCCCCUCGAGCUGUGCAGGCACCCCCACCAUCCCUCCUGGCCCUGGCCCAGCUGAACAGAGCAAAGGGGGGGGUUGGCCCGGCUCCCUGCAGGCAGACGGGCGGGCAGACAUUCCUAGAAUAGGCGGGGCACAGGCAGCUGACCUGGGACCACAGGAGAGAGGCAGAGGAGAGGGAGCAGACCCCAGGAGCCCCCAUUUCACUCUUCUGUGGCCCCUGGCUGCAGGAGUGUCUCAGGAGCAGUGCAAAGAAGCUGGCCUGACACUGGGGCCUCCUCCUGGGCUAACCACAGGGACUCCACCGCACCUGCCAGUGGGCAGCCCCAGCUGUGCCCCGCAGGCCUGCACACCGGCUGCCUGACUGGCGGCCUGGCACAAAGGGGUUAACGGGGCCGGGGCCAGCAGGGCAGGCAGGCCCGGGGCUGUCCAGAGGCCAGGAGUGCCCAGGCCCUCAUUCACCCUGCAGGAUGGCCCCACGGGAAGGAAGCCUGCUGCUGCUGCUGCUGCUGUUCGGGGCUGCACUGGAGGUGGCAGAGCCAGGGGUGCCGGAGACCACCGAGGGCCCACAGUGCCCAUCCCCCUGCGCCUGCGCCCUGGACGACAGCACAGAUGAGCUCAGCGUCUUCUGCACCUCCCGCAAUCUCACACGACUGCCCGCCGGGCUGCCCACCGACACCAGGGCGCUUUGGCUGGACGGCAACAACCUGUCGUGCGUGCCAGCGGCCGCCUUCCGCAACCUCUCCGGCCUGGGCUUCCUCAACCUGCAGGGUAGCGGGCUGGCCCGCCUAGAGCCGCAGGCGCUGCUGGGGUUGCGCGGCCUGGCCCACCUGCACCUGGGGCGGAACCAGCUGCGCAGCCUGGCGCCAGGCACCUUUGCGCACACGCCUGGCCUGGCCUCGCUCGGCCUGGGCAACAACCUGUUGGGCCGGCUGGACGAGGGCCUGUUCCAGGGCCUGGCCGACCUCUGGGACCUGAACCUGGGCCGCAACGCGCUGGCCGUGCUGCCCGACACGGCCUUCCGGGGCCUGGGCAGCCUGCGCGAGCUGGUGCUGGCGGGCAACAGGCUGGCUUACCUGCAGCCGGCGCUCUUCUGCGGACUGGCCGAGCUGCGUGAACUGGACCUCAGCAGGAACGCCCUGCGCGGCCUCAAGGCCAACGUGUUCCCGCAGCUGCCGCGCCUGCAGAAGCUCUACCUGAACCACAACCAGCUGGGCGCCGUGGCCCCGGGCGCCUUCCUGGGCAUGCGGGCCCUACGCUGGCUGGACCUGUCGUACAACCGCGUGGCCAGCCUGCAAGAGGACACCUUCUCCGGCCUGCUGGGCCUGCGCGUGCUGCGCCUGGCGCACAAUGCCCUGGGCGGCCUGCGGCCCCGCACCUUCCGGGACCUGCACCUGCUGCAGGAGCUGCGGCUCAGCCACAACCGCCUGCAGCUGCUGCCCGAGCGGGCCUUCGAGGGCCUGGGCCGGCUGGAGGUGCUGGCGCUGGACCACUGCCAGGUCCAGGAGGUGCAGGCCGGUGCCUUCCUCGGCCUGCUCAACGUGGCUGUCAUGAACCUCUCGGGCAACUGCCUGCGCGGCCUCCCGGAGCAGCCUUUCCAGGGCCUGGGCCGGCUGCACAGCCUGCACCUGGAGGACAGCUGCCUGGGCCGCCUGCGCCGCCUCACCCUCGCCGGCCUGUCGGGGCUGCGGCGUCUCUUUCUCCGGGGCGGCGGCAUCGUGGCCGUGGAUGAACACAGCCUGCUCGGCCUGGGCGAGCUACAGGAGCUGGACCUCACGGCCAACCUACUCACGCAUCUGCCGGCCGGGCUCUUCCAGGGCCUGGGCAAACUAGAGUACCUGCUGCUGGCGCGGAACCGGCUGGUGGAGCUGCCGGCUGACGCGCUGGCGCCCCUGCACCACACGUUCUGGCUCGACGUGUCGCACAACCGCCUGCGGGCCCUGCCCGCCGGGCAGCUGGGCCGCCUGCGCUUCCUCAGCCUGAGCAACAACUCGCUGCAGGGCUUCAUGCCGCCACCCGGCCUGGAGCGCCUCUGGCUGCCGGGCAACCCCUGGCACUGCGGCUGCGGCCUGCACGCUCUAUGGGCGCUGGCACAACUGCAUCCCGGUGUGGUGCCCCGCUUUGUGAGGGCCGCCGAGGGCGAGGACGGGCAGCCCCCUGCUUACGCCUACAACAACAUCACCUGCGCUGGGCCCCCCAGUGUGGCGGGGCUGGACCUGCGGGACCUCAGUGAUGCCCACUUUGCCCACUGCUGACUGGCGCCCCCCACACGCCCCAGGCGUCACCAUGGAAACAACUCAGCAGUGGCCCGGGACGAGGCGGUGGACCCUGCCCAGCACUGUCUGAGCCAGUGCACUACCCUGCCUCUUCCCAGUCUCUCUUGAGAAUAAAUAAAAUAUCC